UCCUGCCUCUUCUUUCCUCUUCCUUCUGUAUUCUGUUUUCUUCAUCCUUGACAAGGCACGAUACCAAGUACCCCCCUCAAACCUUCACCGAUCACCAUGGAGACCGCAGCGCUUCCUCACUACAAGCACGUCAACUGGGAUAGCCCAGAGACCGCCUUUCGCAUGUAUAUCAGUUACGUCUCGUUGUUCUUCGAUGUGGCUGUACUGGCUUACCACUUCUCGACGCCUUUCCAUCCUAAGUUCUAUGUCAAGACGGCGAGAAGACGCGCCCUUCGCCUUCAUAUUUUGAGCGGUUGUCUCGAGAUUCUGGCCUGUAUUGGAGCGUUCUACGCAGAGGAUCCUACUAAUUGGGCGUAUGCGGCGGCAUUCUUUGCGGUCCUUUCUCACGUUCCCUCGACAUUCUAUCAGAUCCCCACGGUCCUAGGGAUCAAGGCCUUCCUGGUGCCAUCGUUGGCGAUAGUCACGGCCCUCCACGGAUACUUUGCGAUCAACCUGGUUAUGAACCCCACGUCGUUCUAUUACCUCCUGUCAACCUACAUGACCGUGCACAUCUAUGCCUGGUCCCGUGUCUUCUUCGCACUGUACUACCGCUUCAAUUUAUUCGCGAACCACCGUUUCUCGGCGGCCAUGUUGACCAGCGGCAUGUUGCUCAUUCCCUCCGUUCUCGGACUGCACGGCAACAUUAUAUUGUUGUCUGGCGUCGUGACCGCCGACAUAAUCCUUCGCAUGACCAAGGACGCUGACUUCUGGGUUUCGUGGACGACAGAGCACCCUCGUGAGUUUGCAUCUUCACCUGAAAAGAAGAUGGUACUGGACGCCCUCAUCACCGCUGCCGAGGUGGCCAAUGCAGUUGAUGCUCUGUCGAUUCAAGAACCCAAGGAUCGCUAUGCAAGCAUCUGUUCCAAGGUGAUGGGCGCUAGUGUACGCAACACUACGCCUCGUGCCAAGGCCAUGACCGUCUUCAAGGCAAUUGAUGUCGACCAUGACAACGAGUUGAGCGUCGCAGAAUUCAGGGACUUUUUACUAGCCUGCGGGAUUUCAGAUAUUGACAUGGAGGGCAAGCUGAUGCUUGAUGCGCUCUUCGCAGACCGUGAGAUUGUGAAAUUUGACGAUUUCUGUGCCUGGUUCACCAAGAACUGGAUUCAUUCCAGCCCGAUCAGCGUCCCGACAAUGCCCAAGACCCCACGUGGCCAAGCUAAGUUGGUCUUUGAUGCCCUGGACUCGGACAGCUCCGGAACAUUGGACGUGGCGGAACUUGAGCACCUGUUGGUCUCGUGGGGCCUGCCUCACAACGAAGCUGCAGCCUAUUUAAAGGAACACGACAGCGACAAGUCGAAUACGAUCGAGUUCCAGGAGUUUUACAAGAACAUGUCGACCGUAUGGAAGUUUGCGAUUCAGUCCUUUAUCGACGAGGGCAAGAUCUUGAUCGAGCCCUAGAAAUCAAAUAUGUAGAGAAUGAAGCAAGCAAGAAAAGCAGGAGCACUCAAAUAUCCCUACGCCGUCUUAUACAUAUUCCUGCAUCUCGGCGUAGGAUCUCUC